CAACAUAUUUGUAAUUUUCUAUCUGUAUCUGUCAGCACCCCUUAAACAUGUCUACCUGACACAUGAAAUAAUUUGGUGGCUAAUCCUUUGCCUGUUAUUCCUUCUUACUUGGAAUGUGUAACUUGCACUCGUAUGACUCCUAGUUACACUUGUCAUCUCCACGUGUUGCUCUGAUUACUGAUUGUCAGACCACGUGCAGAACUAACACAUAGAGGUGUAUUUAUCUAAUAGAGAGUCGUCAUGAAUUGAACUGAAUUGUAACAAUUAAGUCAAAAUAGCUCCACCAGAAUAAUUCCAAAUUCAUCGGUUGCUUGUUUUAGCCUACGUUUAGCAGUUCCGUUUGCAGUUUAUGUUUAUUAAAUAAUCCCAAAUGCUGCUAAUUGCCAAUUAGCCUUGUACGAAUCACAUCUGCUUCUGAUUUUGUAUUUUUCAAAAUACAAAAUGAUGAAAUGAAAGUACAAAUUAAAAUCCUGAUCACGGAUGUAUUAGGUAAGUACCUGCUCAGGUAGAACUAGGUAUUGAUACAUCGACAAUACAUGACUCAGCUCGUUACCGUUCAUGGUUGAUUAUCAAGAGUGAGGUCGAAGUCUAAUGUUCGGAGUUUUUUAUUGACCAGGCAGUUGUGCUGUGUUCUGGACGAGGUGUGUGUAAGUAACCGUUCUUUAAACAAGUUUUGGGUAAAUAAAGUUUUCUGUUAUUGUUUUCAGAGCAGGUUAAGCUCUAAGCUGAUAAUACGCUGUGAAAUCAGCUAGGAAAUGUUACUGUCUUAAAUAAAAUCCAUGUGAAAUUACAACGAGCUUUGAACACAUAGAACGUUUAUAUGAAAUGGUUCCAUGUAUUGUACUCAAUUGUAGAAAGCUCUCAAAUUAGAGAGUAAAAUAUUUCUAGUUUAUUCACCAUAAAGUUUAUGCAAUUGAAAAGAAUGUCCUAUUAUUUGUACAGUACUAAAGAAAUCCCAAGAUUGUACAGUCCACACCACAAAUAUAGUGGCCCCUUUUGAAUCCUCCAGCGCUCCGGGGGUUACAAUUCAAAUAGCGAUCUGGGGAGAUGGAAACUGAAAUGGUGUAAUAACGUUAGGUGAGAAGCCUUCACCAUAUACACCCUAUGUGGAGCUCUCACCUUAUUGGAAUACACUUGUACUUUAUCUGUGUUUGUGUGAGCUAACUCACUGUUCAAAAUAGAGUAUAUUGUGUUUUACACAUAGGGGAAAAUGAGAGGAUAGCAGCAUAGGUGAUAUAAGAUUAGAGAUAUAAUAUCCUAUAUGUAUACGCUUUAAAGGGAAAGAGCCUCGGAUUAACAUCUAUUGUGGGUUAGAUGUAAAUGGGUGAAUAUAGAGUUUGUUUAUUAUAUAGACAAUUCUUGGAGACGUCCUGCUGAUAAAUAUUUCUGUUAAUGUACACAGAGGGCUCUGCAGAGAGAGUAAUAACUGGGGCAGAUACCCCAUCUCUUACUAUUCUCACAACAUGCUGCCCGCCAUUCUUUCUUUCCUACAAAAGCAGGAUCUGUGUGCGGGCAAUAUCGAGAGUUAAAAGCAUACAGCGCAAACUGGGGGUUCGUCCAUAAUGAAGCCAUUCAAACUUUCCAAACUGAGGGUAAGAAUCGAAUAAAACAAUACCAGCGUAACAGUAUCAAAUGUAGGAGGAUGCGAUAUAUGUAGGGAUAUGUGAUAUAUGUAGGGGUAUGUGAUAUAUGUAGGGGGAUGCGUUAUAUGUAGGGGUAUGUGAUAUAUGUAGGAGGAUGUGAUAUAUGUAGGGAUAUGUGAUAUAUGUAGGGGGAUGCUUUAUAUGUAGGGAUAUGUGAUAUAUGGAGGGAUAUGUGAUAUAUGUAGGGGUAUGCGAUAUAUUUAGGGGUAUGUGAUAUAUGUAGGGAUAUGUGAUAUAUGUAGGGGGAUGCGAUAUAUGCAGGGAUAUGUGAUAUAUGUAGGGAUAUGUGAUAUAUGUAGGGGGAUGCGAUAUAUGUAGGGGGAUGCGAUAUAUGUAGGGGUAUGUGAUAUAUGCAGGGGUAUGUGAUAUAUGUAGGGGGAUGCGAUAUAUGUAGGGGUAUGUGAUAUAUGUAGGAGGAUGCGAUAUAUGUAGGGGUAUGUGAUAUAUGUAGGGAUAUGUGAUAUAUGUAGGAGGAUGCAAUAUAUGUAGAGGGAUGUGAUAUAUGUAGGGGUAUGUGAUAUAUGUAGGAGGAUGCAAUAUAUGUAGGGGGAUGUGAUAUAUAUGUAGGAGGAUGCUAUAUAUGUAGGGGAUGUGAUAUAUGUAGGAGUAUGUGAUAUAUGUAGGGGUAAGUGAUAUAUGUAGGAGGAUGCGAUAUAUGGAGGGGAAUGUGAUAUAUGUAGGGAUAUGUGAUAGAUGUAUGGGUAUGCGAUAUGUGUAGGGGGAUGUGAUAUAUGUAGGAGGAUGCAAUAUAUGUAAGGGAAUGUGAUAUAUGUAGGAGGAUGUGAUAUAUGUAGGGGGAUGUGAUAUAUGUAGGGGGAUGUGAUAGAUGUAGGAGGAUGCAAUAUAUGUAGGGGAAUGUGAUACAUGCAGGAGGAUGCAAUAUAUGUAGGGGAAUGUGAUACAUGCAGGAGGAUGCAAUAUAUGUAGGGGAAUGUGAUAUAUGUAGGGGAAUGUGAUAUAUGUAGGGGGAUGUGAUAGAUGCAGGAGGAUGCAAUAUAUGUAGGAGGAUGUGAUAUAUGUAGGAGGAUGCGAUAUAUGUAGGAGGCUGUGAUAUAUGUAGGAGGAUGCAAUAUAUGUAGUAGGAUGCAAUGUAUGUAGGGGGAUGUGAUAUAUGUAGUAGGAUGUGAUAUAUGUAGGAGGAUGCAAUACAUGUAUAUAAUUUACACAUAUUUAAACUUUUAUAAAGCUCAGAGGUUGCACAAUCCUCAUUGUGUAUUGGCUGUUCCUUGUAGAGAAUCAGUGGGUUUAAUAUCUCACGUUGAGAAGCAUUGAAGUCAUGCACAAUCUGCCCCAGCUCAUUAUAUCGGCUGGGAGGUCACCACCAUUAAUGAUCUCCUGGAUGUGGAGUGGAGCUGUGCUGAGGACAUCCACUGGCCAAAGAUUUACAGAUAACUUAACACAUUAUAUCACAGGAAUGUCGGCCCUGCAAUUUAAAAGACUACAUGCAUAAAAUAAUAGAGUGUUCUUUUAAAUGUUAUAAACGUUCACCAUACAGGCACCUCUAGGACCUUGCAGAUAAUAUAAUAAAAUAAUAUAAUAGCAGAUAUUGUAAUAACAGAUAAUAUAGCAACAUUAAAUUAUGGCAGGAUAUCAAGAAAAAAAGAGUACAAUAAAAUUAUAGAAACAUUGAUGUAAUAAUAGUUACUAUAAUAACAAGAAAUAUAUCAGGAUACUACAAUAGGUUACUAAUAUUAUAAUAACAGAUCAUAUAAUAGCAUAACAGGACAUUAUAAUAACAUAAUAACAAGACGAUACAAUAACAGGAUAUUCUAAUAAAAGGAUAGUAGAUCAAAUAUAAUAUAACAGACAUGAUAACGGAAGAUUGUAAUAAAAGGACAAUAUAAUAACAGGAUAUUCUAAUAAAACUAUAAUAUAAUUACAGAUGAUAAUAUACUAAGGAUAUUAUAAUAACAGAUAUUCUAAUAAAAUAAUAAUAAAAUAAAGUAAAAUGACAUGAUAAGUACAUGAAGCCAGCGUUAUGUCGUUCCCUCGUUCUGUGUAUCAGCUGGGUCACACGAGGCCAGUCAGAGAGUAGUGUUAGGACACUAGCCAAAAAGGAUGCUUUUAAUGAAUUAAUACUAAUCUUAAUUGGCAGUAAAACCCUCUCUCUCUAUGUGAUGAAAUGAAGGAGAGCAAGAGUCCAGUAACAGUGCAGGUUAUUAACUCGUGUAAUAAGAUAAUAAAACGUGGGACAUGGGGCCGUUUCCCAGAUCAAUGGAUUUUAUCACUUCAUUCAGUAACAAGAAAUAGAUAAAUACAGUCUGGGCUAUUAUCAUUAUAAUGAACGUAUUACCUCAUUACUGGCUGUACUGUUAUGUGAUAUGUGAAGCGCCAACAUACACAGCAGCGCUGUACUGUGUCCGUUCAUUACAUAUAAGAAUUGUGACAUUUUGAACAGUGCUUAAUAUUUAAAUAGUGCGACCUAAAGUCAAACAGAUACAUUUACUGAUGUUUAAUACGUUAUUGCUCUUAGCAGCGUUAUACAAACAGUUUCCGUAUUCUAUGCUCUAUACAUUGUGUCAGAGUUCUGGAUGUAUGUGUGAAUAAGUGUCAUUUUUUCGGUGUAAUUCUAGAUGUUUCUGCUUGCUUUAUCCUAUUCCUAUGUCACCAAAUCCCUGGCGCUCAGUUACUCACGGAGCAUGAUCACGCAGAUCGAGAGGCGAUUUAACAUCCCGUCCUCGCUGGUUGGCGUUAUCGAUGGAAGCUUCGACAUUGGUACAUUUUCUCUUUCCUACAGAUAAAACUGACAGUUCUAUUGCUAUUAAACCAAACUGUCCUUGUGAAGACACGGCUGCGUAUUCUUUACCAUUUCCAGGGAACUUGCUGGUUAUCGCCCUCGUCAGCUAUUUUGGUGCGAAAUUUCAUCGACCGCGGGUGAUUGCUGUGGGGUGCCUGGUCAUGUUUUUGGGGAGUUGUGUGACAGCGUUACCCCAUUUUAUCAUGAGGAGGUAAGUAGAUUAUCUUGAAUAGAAAUAUGUUCAGAAAAAGCUUGAAUUAUAUUCGACCCCUUAGGGCCUUUGUCAAGCUUUGUCUGGCAGUCAGUAUAGAGAGAGCCACCUUGACAAAGGCCCUAAGGGGUCGAACCGUUGCUUUCUGGUUCCUGGUUCCAAUAAAACUGCAUUUUCUUUGGAAUUCAUUGGAGGGCCUGGAUUAUUUUCUACACUGAAAUUCUAUAUUUUGGUCCUUUUUGGUACUGGGACUUAUCCAUUAGAGCACCCUGAAUUCCAUGACGAAGGGUUGAGUGCACUUCCACCACCUACAUGUACCUUUAAGGAUAGUAAUUCAUAUAUACAUCUGCGUAUGUGUAUUCAUAUACAUAAAGUGCAAAGCAAAAUACACUAUGUAUAAUAUAAUGAAUCUUCAACUACUGAGAGGGUAGUGGAUGCAUGGAAUAGCCUUCCAGCUGAAGUGGUAGAGGUUAACACAGUAAAGGAGUUUAAGCAUGCGUGGGAUAGGCAUAAGGCUAUCCUAACUAUAAGAUAAGACUAGGGACUAAUGAAAGUUUUUAGAAAAUUGGGCAGACUAGAUGGGCCGAAUGGUUCUUAUCUGCUGUCACAUUCUAUGUUUCUAUGUUUCUAUGUUUCAAUCUAUCAAAAGUGCCCAAGUGAUACAAUGUAUUAAAAAGAACACUUCCAUAAAUAACUUGAAAGGGGGACAGUAUCCUCCCAGAUAUUGAGUAAAUCAGGCCAAAGGGGUAAAAAAGAAAACUUUUUAAAAUCACGAGCUCAUUCUCUGUAGAACCAGUCCUCAGACCCUCCUGACAUGUUGGCUAGCACUUGCGGUCCUUUUGGGCACCGGAACGCCGUACAGAUCUUUCAGAGGAUGCGAGCUUCCUUCAGUGCGUCUGAAAACAUGAUGACGCGUUUCGCCUGGGCAGCUUCUUCGGAUCACCAGAGAAUGAGUUUGUGAUUUUAUAAAGUUUUUCUACUGCUACCAAUAAAGGUUUGAAUCACAUCCAGUUGCCGUCCUGUCUCGAUAUAUCUGGGCUAUCAUAGUGAGAGCAGACUUUUCCUGCUCCAUUCUUGUGACUUGAUUAGUUUACUAUUCUAUAUUUCUGUGUUUGAUUCACAGAUUUACACUAUAGACCUUUGUUUUUCUUUCCCUGUUUCUUUUUUACCCCUUUGGCCUGAUUUACUCAAUAUCUGGGAGGAUACAGUCCCCCUUUCAAGUUAUUUAUGGAAGUGUUCUUUUUAAUACAUUGUAUCACUUGGGCACCUUUGAUAGAUUGAAGAUUCCUUAUAUUAUACAUAGUGUAUUUUGCUUUGCACUUUAUGUAUAUGAAUACACAUACGCAGAUGUGUAUGAAUCACUAUCCUUAACCCCUUAACCCCUUAAGGACACAUAACGUGUGCGACAUGUCAUGAUUCCCUUUUAUUCCACAAGUUUGGUCCUUAAGGGGUUAAAGGCACAGCGCACUUUUUAAAUUUUUUUAUUUCACUUUUACACAGAGUGUUUUCUUGAGCUAUUUUACACGUAAUUGGUGCUGCUUGCCUUUUGUGGCAAUUUAUUCACAGCGCCUUUUAUUUACUUGACUUUUUUCUUGUAUUUUGUAUUAAAUAUAGGGAUAAGUAAAAAUAAUAUUUAAAGUCCCAUGAAAUAAUAGCUCGCCUUUAAAGAGUUCAACAUACCCGGCAUGAGUGUCCAUUAGAAUGAAGAACAUGCGUUAGAAUAUUGUGGGAUGUGUAUUAUGUGGCAUUCUGUUUAAUCGCUCAGGAGUAGUAACACUGGGAUUGAAACAGGUCACGGUCUCUGUUGGCUUCGAGUGGCCAUACCUGUAAACGCGCGUCAAGGAGUAUGUGAUGUAGGGUGUGUUUAUAGACCGACAUCUUCCUCUGUUCCCCCAGGUACCAGUAUGAAAAGGCUGUUAGCUUGUCCAGUAAUUUAACAUCUCAGGAAGAGCUGUGUCUGCUGAAUCACACCCAAGACACUGAGCUUUCAGAAGGUAAUAAUAAGCCGUUAAUAAUCUUAACCUCGACUCAGCAGCAAUCCCAAAAUCCCUUUAUGAAAUCUCUAGCAAGUUAUCUGUCAAUCUCCCUGUCUGGCACUGAGUAUUAGUCUUCAAACAUAAUGCAAUUCCUCAGAAUUUUGGCUGAACUGUGCAUUGCCUGCGUUUUGUAACUGCGCCAUAUGGACGUGUCACGAAGCAAACAAAACGGACAAUGGACGAAUAGGUUUUAUUGAUUCGUGAUUUGGACUUCUAUGCAUGGUUCGAAAAAAGAGGAACAAUAAUUAGGGGAAAGUCACUACAUCAAACUCUUAAAGUACUUAAGAAUGAUCAAACUCUCAAAAUCUAGAAUAUUUAAAUGGACACUAUAGUCAACAAUAAAAGCAAGAGAGACAGGUCCCCCAGCUUUCUUUCUUGCUUUUAUAUGAACUUGCCAUAAAAAAAAUAAAAAUCAGAGUAAGUUUUAAUAAUAAAACUUACCUCCAUUCCAGCGCCGAGCUCCCCGCUAGGCCACGCCCCCUUUUUAGUCAAAAUGACGAAAUCGCAGGGCCCAAUAGAAGCAUCAUCGCGAUGUGGUGCGCAUGCGCAGUUUCGCGCUGCACCAAUCGCAUUCUUCAUAAAGCGGCAUUGAAUUCCGCCCUAUGAAGAAACAUAUCGCUCAACCGCGCAUGUGCGCGGUAUGCGCAUUUGCGAGCCGAGCUGUCUGACUGACAGCUCAGCUCGAUUUCUAUACCCGCCCCCCUCCUCAGCCAAACUGUGUUUGCAAAUAAACACUAUAUAUAGAGAUCUCUCUAUAUAUAGUGUUUCUAUGCAAACACACAAGUAGAAAAAAAUUAGACAUACACACACACUCCAUCCAUAUCCAUCCAUCCCCAUCAUCCAUCCAUUCCAAUCAUCUAUAUCCAUCCCCAUCAUCCAUAUCCAUCCAUCCCCAUCAUCCAUAUCCAUCCCCAUCCAUUCCCAUCAUCUAUAUCAUCCAUUCCCAUCAUCCAUAUCCAUCCCCUUCAUCCAUAUCCAUCGAUUCCCAUUAUCCAUAUCCAUCCCCAUCAUCCAUAUCCAUCCAUUCCCAUUAUCCAUAUCCAUCCAUAUCCAUACCCAAAUCCAUCCACUCCCAUCAUCCAUCCUCACCCACUCACACUCAGUCACCCACCCACACUCACUAAAUAAGUUUACUUACAGUUUGAAUCCUCCCCUCCUCCUCUUUGGUCUUCAGCCUGUCAGCUCAAGCCACUCCCACGCAGUGCUGACAGCAUCAGGACACAAAGCGCGGUCACAGUGCUCUGUGUGCUAAUAGCACCAUGCGUGAAUACGUCAGACGUGAAUGAAGCCUUUUUAGGGCUUCUGAACUCGGAAGUCCCUCUGGUGGAGGUCUGAGUGACUGCAACUGGAGGUGUUCCAAGCUUCCAAUGAAAACACUUACAAGAAAAAGGCUGCAGGGAGCUGUAGCACUCACCUGAACAACCUCAUUAAACUGAAGUUGUUCAGGUGACUAUAGGGUCCCUUUAAUGGACCACUAUAGUGCCAGGAAAACAUACUCGUUUUCCUGGCACUAUAGUGCCCUGAGGGUGCCCCCACCCUCAGGGUCCCACUCCCACUGGGCUGAAUGGAGAGGAAGGGGUUAAACACUUACCUUUCUCCAGCACCGGGCUCCCUCGGCGCUGGGGACUCUCCUCCCUCUUCUUCCGUCACCAGCUGAAUGCGCAUUCCCAAUGCUUUCCUAUGGACGCUGGCGUCUUCUCACUGUGAAAAUCACAGUGAGAAGCGCGGAAGCCCUCUAAUGGCUGUCAAUGAGACAGCCACUAGAGGCUGGGUUAACCCUAAUGUAAACAUAGCAGUUUCUCUGAAACUGCUAUGUUUAGAGCAAAAAGGGAUUAAGCUGAAGUGGUCUGGGUGCCUACAGUGGUCCUUUAACAAAUGUGGUCCGAAUUUGAAUCAUAAAAUAACAUUCUAUUGCUUCAAAAUUAGCCAAAACCCAGUUAGAAAUAGUGUAAUUAAAAAGGCCUGGAAAUUAACCUAUCACUGUACUGCAAUAAAUGUAUUUAUACACGUACAUUUUAUGGAUUUAUUUUGCAGUACAGAUGUCAGUACAGUAAUUGGCUAAUUUUUACACUUUUGGUAGGUCUGAAUAGUUACUCCUAAAUGGUUAGCAUGGACAAUAUUCAGACAAAUCAAAAAGUAACAUUAACGAAAUUCUGUUGGCUGAAUUAAAAAAAAUGUAGGGCAGAAGUGAUCCCUGGCACUAAGUCUGCCAAGCUCUCUGUCUGGCACUCAGUCUGCCAAUCUCUCUCCCUAACACUCAGUCUGCCAAGCUCUCUGUCUGGCACUCAGUCUGCCAAUCUCUCUGCCUGGCACUCAGUCUGCCAAUCUUUCUGUCUGACACUAAGUCUGCCAAUCUCUCUCCCUAACACUCAGUCUGCCAAGCUCUCUGUCUGGCACUCAGUCAGCCAAUCUCUCUGCCUGGCACUAAGUCUGCCAAGCUCUCUGUCUGGCACUAAGUCUGCCAAUCUCUCUGUCUGGCACUCAGUCUGCCAAGCUCUCUGUCUGGCACUCAGUCUGACAAUCUUUCUGUCUGACACUAAGUCUGCCAAUCUCUUGCCUGGCACUCAGUCAGCCAAUCUAUAGUCUGGCACUCAGUCUGCCAAGCUCUCUGUCUGGCACUCAGUCUGACAAUCUUUCUGUCUGACACUAAGUCUGCCAAUCUCUUGCCUGGCACUCUGUCUGCCAAUCUAUAGUCUGGCACUCAGUCUGACAAUCUCUCUGCCUGGCACUCAGUCUGACAAUCUCUCUGCCUGGCACUCAGUCUGACAAUCUCUCUGUCUGACACUCAGUCUCCUGACCGCUCUAAAUCCAUCUAAAUGUGUUAGACUAUUAAUCAGACGAUCCCAUUGGUAAAUUUGUUAGACUAUUAAUUGGUUGAUCUUUCUGGUACAGACUAAACUGAAGAUAUUUUGUAUCCACAGGAUGUAAAUCUGGAUCAGAAACUUACAUGUGGAUGUUUGUACUAGUGGGAAAUAUCCUUCAAGGAAUAGGAGAGACCCCGGUUGAGCCUCUAGGAUUGUCAUACGUGGAUGAUUACGCCAAAGCUGAGAAUUCUCCAUUUUACAUUGGUAAGCAUUAACGAAAUGUGUCUGAAUUAUUACUUUGAAAGGCUCUGUGUUACAUCGAUGCAAUGCAUUACAGCAUGAGAUUACGAGAAGGGCUUCUCAGCAAAAAUAAUGGGUUUUAACAACAAAAAUAGAGUCUGCAACAAAAAAUCUCCAACUAGUUUAAUGCAGAACUAUGAAACGAAAAGCAAAAUAAAAUUAGGGAUACUAUAGGCCAGAUUGUGUUAUAAUGCUAGAAUUUGAUAAUAAAUGGAAGUGACCAGAACCUCCAUCCAAUAUAUUUGGAUUUAUAGAGAAGUAAGAGAUAGAGCAGCUUUGUGUCGCCAUGGUUAUUUGGGGCCGGUGACCUGUUCUGUUUUUUUCAGGGUGAGAAUCACUUUGUUAGGUCCAUCCAUGAAUAGUAGGGGAUCUGGAGAGCACUCACUGUCAGUCUCUUUGGUGUCAGCGGAUGGUUGAGUACAGCGAAUAUUAGACUGCACGCUACCUCAGGAUUUACCCGGGAACAAGGGCACGCUCACAUUUUAUAUGUGAAGCAGCUACUGGACUCAUGGAAUAACAAUUUAUCUGCAUUUUCUGAUUCAUCUGCUCUCUGGAUCAACCUCACCAGAGCAUUUUUUAUGCAAUCAGAUGCUUCCCAUAGAGACACAUUGAUUCCAAUGCUUCUCUACGUGAAACAUUACCAAUGUUUGGGAAUAGCAAAUAUGAAGCAUCUCUGUACCUGAAAGCCUUCUAUGAGGAUGUGUGUCUAGUGACAGGCUGACUGACAGCUGCUAGAUGUAUUCUUUGUGACAAUUGUAAGCAUCGCCAUUUCUCAACAAAUGACAGUGUUUGCUUGACUGCUUCAGAACUUUUCAUAUUUCUAUCAAUCUACGCCUGAACGAAUUAAUCCAUACGGGAUUUAUGUGACGGAUCGAUUCGUUCAGAUAUAGAUUGACAGGAAUCUGAUUUGUUGGGCGCAGGUGAAUAGAAUUUGUGUGAAAGUCUAUAUUCGAGUUCAGGGACAGUGUAGGCAAUAAAAUAGGUAUAUUAAGAUAAAUUGGUUUUAUUGCUCAGAUUGUCCCUGUCUUGUUUAAAUGUGAGAAAAAGCUCUCUGUAAGCACUAGAAGUUAAUUAGUAUUGACUUUCCGAUCUCUCAGACAGGACAAUGAACAGAUGAAACUGCCUUUACUUUAGCAGUAAGUUUAAAAUGGGGAAUAUGGCGAAAGACAACUGAUAAAAGAAAAUAUAGUUUGAUUUUUGAUGCAUAAUUUCCAUCCUGAGUUUUUGGGAUACAAUAAGUGAGAGGUAAAGCUAUUGAAUCUCUGAUCUGUGAAUUUCUAGAAUUUAGAACUGGGAGCCGGAGGGAUCGGUUAUAAUGAAUCGCUGAUACAAUCGGUCUAUAUCUCUUGCAGGAAUAAUUCAAACCGUAUCGAUAGCUGGUCCGUUUCUGGGAUCGCUCAUGGCGGCUUUCUUUGCACAGAUUUUUGUCGAUAUUGGAUUCAUAAACCUGGGUAAUAUCAUAUUAUACUCAUUAGUCCUCUCAUCACUUAAGGUAUUGGCGGGGAAUUAGAGUUGUGUUGAGACCAAAUGCGAUAAAACUUCCCACUGCUUUUAUCAAAUUCACAAUGUAUUGCUGUGCAUCAUCUAAAUAUCUCUAAUAUGACCUGGAGAGAACUCAGCCGUGAGCUCUGUAAUUCAGAGAAAACAUGUUUCCACGGUUCUCCCAGAAAUCCCAGCUCAACAUGCAAAUGAGCUCAGACAGGCGUCGACUUCCAGAUAUUGCCCUCCUUAGCAAUGGAAUGCUGCUUUAAACAGAUUUUUAUACCAUAGAAAAGGAAAAAGGAUAAGGAAAGGAUAUAAUUAAUAUCAUUAUAUAGAGUAAACCUUCCAGUGAUGCAUCAGUUACUCCUAAGGAAAAGCACGUGUUGAGGCGGGUUCUUGCAAGCCCACAGAUACAAUAGUAACUCUUUAAUGCUGGUCUCAGUCUUAACCACUUAGUAUUUCUUUAAAAAAAAAAAUGCACUCAACAUAGUAUUAUCCUAUUUAAGAUAUUACACAAUACUAUGUAUACAGUAUAUAUUUAUAAAAUAAAUUAAUAAAAAAAAGAAAUUGAUCAAAAUCCACAACCCAGGACAUACGUGAAAACGAGAGAAAUCUCAAUGUAUCUUUCCUGGUAAAACAUUUUAUAAAUCAAUCAAUCAAUUUAAACUCAAGGGUGUCGAUGUCUCCAAUUCCAUUUCUUUUCUUCCUGAAAUAUAAAUAAAAUAAAAAAGACAUUAAGUAUUAUUUUUCUGGCAAUUCCUGUUUUGGUUAAAAGUUAUAACUGAAGCAGAAAAGGGUUGAUAUCUCAAACUGUGCAUGCUGUGAGUCAUUCAGCUCUUGAGAAAGCUCCCCAAUACGUGAGUGAUUCUCUACCACAGAGAAUGGAUCCUAUACAAUAUAUAGAAUCUCUCUCCUUCUCUUUCUCUCACUGGAAUGAUGUGCUACCAUUUUUAUUAUUUGGUAUUGAUAUAGCUCUAACAUAUUCUGCAGCGCUGUACAAUUAAGGAAUACAGACAGAUAAUGAACGCAUACUGAUACUCUGCCCAUGAGCUUACAAUCAAGCGAAUACAGUGCUUUUAUACAAAGUGCUUUGCUAAAUUACUCGUGAGCUCACAAUCUGAAGAUGUAACAUCUUUAACCAAGAAUAUACUACAUUUUAUUAUAGCACAGUUCUGGUUAUUUGUGUAUGUGGUGGGAUAUUUAUUGAGGGCACAGCUUUCAUCCAAUAUUUUACUUUCUUUUCUAAUGUUGACAAAUUUAAGGGAUGUUAACGCUUGCUGCCCAUUAAACCGUUUUUAUUUCUGUUAAUAGAGUAAUGCUGAAUCUUUGCUAUUUAUUUUGUAAAAAUCCUAUGUGUAUGUGUUAGGUGUGCUCCCCAAAUUCGAAUUAAAUGCUAAUUAAAAAUAACGUGUUAGUGAAAGGGUUAUACUCAGGGCACAGCUAGUCUAAUAGAGACAGUAAGCUCUGCGGAUAAAGGUCAGAGUGUAAUAGGUUUAGCAAUAUUAAUUCUGCAAGGUUUCUGGAUUGGAGAUAAUCCGGAUUGCGAGAUUUACACUGUAAUAGUAACGUGUGGGCUCUAGGGGGAGCUAAAGACCUGAAAAAGAAAUCAGGCUCCGGCUGGCCCAUUGAUAACAAUAACUGGCCCAUGUUUUAUUUCUCUCUGUUAAUGCUGCUCCUCUCUUGUUUUUUAAAGACAGUGUCACCAUUGGGCUCACCGAUACCCGCUGGGUGGGCGCAUGGUGGCUUGGUUUUUUAGUCAGCGCAGUACUAAACCUCCUUGCUGCCAUUCCCUUCUGUUUUUUUCCAAAAUCCCUCCCGAAGGAGGGCGAGGAGGGUCAGCCAAAAGUGGAAGAAGUGCUCGAACCGCUGCAAGAUGAGACAAACGAGCCAAGCGCUAACACCGACAGCAAAAUGCUCGGUAAGUGUAACGGUGAAAGACACAGACGGGUCAAUUCGUCUACACUGAUAGAAAGGGGUCGCUAGCAUUUAAACUGCUCUGUAAAAAUAUUAAUGUCUCGGCCGCUACAAAAACCUAAACUAACUGGAAUUAUGGAAUCCCGACACAGACAUUGGAAAAAAAACGGAACAUUUACAACUAUUUUUUUUACUAAAAUCCGUGCUCACCUAUAGAGUAACAAUGUAUACAGAUAGCAAUCAGAAUAAUGAAUAAUUCUGGGGGUUAAAGGUUAAAUGAUGCAUUGUGAGAAAUGAUUAGACAUCAAUACUAUUCCUAUUCUGUUUCAGAAUUCCUACAAUUUCUUAAAAACCUUUGCAGGAAUAAAGUCUACAUGUUGUUUCUGGUUGUGACCAUCAUACAGUUCAGUGGAUUUAUAGGAUUUAUAUCGUUUAUGCCCAAAUAUAUAGAGCAACAGUACGGAAAAUCGGCGUCAGAAGCCAUCUUUUUAAUCAGUAAGUAUCCCAAGAAAACGAUUAAUACACACGGACACAAAGGGUCGCUCAUCUGCAAAAACAAAGGGAUGUGGCCGGAGAUUGCUUCUAUAUUUCCAUAUAAAUGUAAACCGUUACAUGGAACGGUGUCUUUUAAUUACAAACGUCUUGGAUGACUGACUUAGGCAGAUCAUUUUUGGGGGGUCAAUAAAGCUUGGUAUCUAUUUAUUAAAUAGCCUCUAGGCGUGAAAACAGACAGGAUAAAGUGUCUGCUCAGAUAUUUGAGGGUAAAUUUUGCGGGUGGAUUUUGUUAGCUGAUAACCAUUCACCUUUUCAUUGAAUUUGGUGAAAAGGGAUAGGUUUUAUUUGUAUUAGAAAUUUUUGAUACACGAUAUUUUGAUAUUUUCAAUUUAGUAUUUUGGAUAAGCCUUUCAACUUGUUUGAUAUUUUUGGAUAUUUUUUUUUUAAAAGUUACAAUAUCAAAAUUAGAUAAUUCAUAAAAAUAUGUUAAUAUAUAUAAAAAAAGUAUUAUUUAAAAAAAAACGUAAUCAAUUAAAAAGGUUUUUCUAAAAAAUAUGGAGGGCUAAGUGCAGGGACACUAUGGAAGGAUGCAGAAUUCAGGGUCUGUGGAUAUAGAAUUCUGGGGUGUUAUUCUGGGACCUGCUUUUAGCAGGCUUAACACCUAACACACUCAGACAGUGUGGCAUUGUUUACUGCCCCUAAUAGCUAUCAUUUUUCUCCCCCCAGCUGUCUAUAAUCUGCCUGUGAUUUGCAUCGGGUAUUUUUUGGGAGGAUAUUUCAUGAAAAAAUUCAAGGUGACUACAUUUCUCGCGGCAAAGAUCGGAUUUUCCAGUUCAGUUACUGAAUAUCUCAUUUAUUUUUCUGCAUUUGCGAUGAUCUGCAAGAACUUGCCUGUUGCUGGUCUUACAGUCACAUACGAUGGGUAAUGCCUCGUGUUAAUUGCAGGACGAUUCCUGUCAGUUAUCAGUCUUAAUUUUACUAAAACAUCUUCUAGGCAGCUUGAAAUGGAAAACAGUAAUGUGUUCGUCAUUAAUAAGCAGACAUGAUCAUUGAUGUUUGAUUAGAUUUGUCAUUUUCUGCAUUAAAGCACUGUUCAUGCUGAAUUGCAAGAAAUACUUGAUUUAGGUUUAGUUGCAGGGCUAGGACUCUAAAUCACUCUUUGGUCCCUCUUACCCAGCUUUUUGUCCCUUUCGUGUAUCAUACCCCCUUCUCUCUCUAUUUUCCCAUUUUUGCCUAUUGUAUCCCCAUGCACUGAUCAGCCACAACAUUAAAACCAUCUGCCUAAUAUCACGUAGGUCUCUCUUGUGCUGCCAAAACAGUUCUGAUGCGUCAAGGCAUGGACUCCACAAGAUCUCUGUCCUGUGGUGUCUGGCACCAAGACAUUAGCAGCAGAUCCUUAACGUCCUGCAAGUUGCGGGGUGGCGCCUCCAUGGAUCAGAUUUGUUGUUCCAGCACAUCCCAGAGAUUGGGAUAUGAGGAAUUUGGAGGUCAAGGCAACACCUUAAACUGGUCCUGAAUGUGAUUUGGGAUGGGGAGAGGAAGGGGGCAGAGAGAGAGGUUAGUGCUGAUGGGAGACGGUCACGCCAGGUAUCCAUAUCUAUACAAGGUGCAGGGUUAUGAAUGAUGUCUGGGGGAGGACAUAAAUAUGUAUAAAGUAUUGUUGUGCUCUUGCCACCAUAGUACCAGUGAUGUUGUGAUGGUUUUGAGAUCAUUGGGUCUAGCAGACACGUCAUACAACAAAUCACCCACAGGGUCUUCAGCGAUGAUUUAGUUGUUACGUCUACGUGCAGCUUAAAUGAGAGUUUCCGGACACACUUCGGACUUUUAGCUGCUGGGGUGAAGAUACUUAUUGUUAUAGAGUGUUUAGCAUUAUUUCUGAAGGAUUAUAAUUACUGAACAGCCAGACCUUUAGAGGUGUGGCUGGAGUGGUAGGAUGGGGCGUGACUAUACCAGAACAUUUAGUGGCGUGGCUGGAGCAGUGGCAGAUCCGGGGAGGGGGGCAACAGGGCAAUUUCCCCCCCGAGAAAACCAAGGGUCUCCCUCUCCCCUGCCGGCUAAUUGCCAGCCGUGCAAUGUGCCUUCAAGGACCGGAGGGGAGAUCAUAGAACUCCCUCCCCGGUCCGCAGUCCGCAGUCCGCAGUCCGCAGUCCACAGGGAGUGAGAGAGGACCCGGGAGCUCAGCCUGCAGCUCCUCCGGGUCCUUCUCUCAUGAGCAUGGAGCGUUGCCGUGGUUACCACAGCAAAUUUCACGAGAGUGAACUCUAGCCCUGGAGCUGCGGGCUAGAGUUCACUCUCACCACUGAGACCACCAGGGAUUACCCACCAGACCACCAGGGAUGGAGAAAUGUCCCCCCUCCUCCCAGUAAAGGUAAGAAGCGAGGGGGGACAUAAAGAAUAUUUGUUUUAAUUACAUUUAAAUAAAAAAAACACAUUUAAGAACGGUAGGGGGGACUUUUAAUAUUUUAAUAUAAUAUGUGUUUGUUGUUUUUUUUAAAUUUCAUUAAUAUGUAUGUAUGGGGGCAGUGUAUGCGGGCUAGAGUUCACUCUCACCACUGAGACCACCAGGGAUUACCCACCAGACCACCAGGGAUGGAGAAAUGUCCCCCCUCCUCCCAGUAAAGGUAAGAAGCGAGGGGGGACAUAAAGAAUAUUUGUUUUAAUUACAUUUAAAUAAAAAAAACACAUUUAAGAACGGUAGGGGGGACUUUUAAUAUUUUUAAUAUUUUAAUAUAAUAUGUGUUUGUUGUUUUUUUUAAAUUUCAUUAAUAUGUAUGUAUAUGUCCCUGUGUGGAAGGGGGAGAAAUGUGUGUGAUAAGAAGGGUAGGGGGCUUUUUUAUAAUCACACACAUUGCUCCCCCCCACACACACACACAUACACUGCCCCUUGUAACAGAUCACCUGGCAUCCGUGGGUCUCUUCAGACCAGUCUAUGAGAUCCCCUACUUCUGUAGCUGGUAGUGAAGCAGGGGGUAUCUUGGCCGUGUCUUCCCAGCUGUAGGCUGGCAGGUCUGGGUCUGCCACCCAGCUUUCCUGUUCUGCGUCCAUGCUCUGCGGCCGAACCGAGUUUAGCAGUUCCACAUAGUCAAUUUCCAGUUCUCGCUCCAUGGCAAUGAAACGGCGGAGGUCUUCUCCCAGUCCAAUAGAUCUUGGGCCCUGUAACAUCUCUCCCCGGUAAUGAUGGAUAGCCCAGUACCGUGACUCUGCUGGACUGCCGAAGUCGUCGUCUUCCAUUAACACCUUCCACAACAGGCCUGGGCUAGUGUAGUUCUCCCCCUCAAGCGGAAUCCCCCUCCACGUCUCUGGCUGGACGGUGCACCACCAGAGUGCCCGGUAUGAGGCGUCCAGGCUCAGUUCCCUCUCUACGAGAUAGUCAAGUUGUCUUACCCACUCCCCCCCGGGUUGGUCUCCCAGGAGCUGCAUCCGCCAGGCCAUUUUUUCCUCCAACUUGUAUGUGACACAAGGAAGGCGUUCCUUGCCAUUGAUACUGAACUUCCUCCAGGGCAUCGUACCAUAGUUCUUUCCGAGCAAUAUUUCUCCAUUCCAAUUCACUCUGUUGCUCAGGUGUGUGGGUUGCCCAGGGGUCACCGAACCCCAUUUUCUUAAAUCCUUCUGUAGACCGGGACGUUGUAUGAACACUAGCGUCGCCCUCAAUUUGUAAAUCCACGAACGGUUUCUCCGAGCUGCUUUAUCUUGCACUAGGACGCCAUCCCACCGCUUGCCACCAAAUGUGACGGACCGCUGGCACUCCGACAGAGUACCUCCGCCAAUCUUUGCUCCUAGCGCUUGCCGAGGACAUCAAGCACUCCAACCAACACCAUCAGCACUGCAGACCCCACUUCCAGCGAUGCAGCUUCACUGGAGUCUUGCCGUCUUUCACCCACCCUGGAUCCAAGGCCAGGAUCCAGCUUCCAGUGGGCAGGCCUCUCUUCUCCCAAAGAGCGUAGCAGGAACAAGAGCUUACCCUGGAGAGUAUAGUGUGAUUAUAGCAAUCCCCAGAGUGUAGUUAUCCCAUCCCCCAAGCAUGAGCCAAGGCUUCAAAAAAGGGUCAAGUAGUUUUUAAAGGGCCAUACACAGUCCAAUACAUGUCCAUAAGCCCCAAGUAAAUUUAUUAAAGUGCCAUACACCCCAGGGCCAUAGUCGUGAGGCAGGAGGCGGGCAAGCAGACCCCUCCAAAAACUUAUGGCAAACUCCCUGAAAUGGGUGAGUUUGCCACACCCCCCAUACACACAUUGCCCCCAUACACAUACACUGCCUCCCAUACACAUACACUGCCCCCCAUACACAUACACUGCCACCCAUACACACACACUGCCCCCCAUACACACACAUUGCCCCCCAUACACACACAUUGCCCCCCAUACACACACACUGCCACCCAUACACAUACACUGCCCUCAUACACACACACUGCCCCCAUACACACACAUUCCCCCAUACACACACACUGCCCCAUACACACACACUGCCCCAUACACACACUGCCCUCCAUACACACACAUUGCCCCCAUACACAUACACUGCCCCCCAUACACACACACUGCACCCCUUACACAUUGCACCACUCACACACAUCACUGUUCCUAUGCCCUACUACAGCCCCAUUUCCCAGCAGACCUCAGGUAAGUUGUCAAACUGUUCUUAAACGGUUUGACUACUUGCUCUUUGAGGGGGUCCCGGCACUAUUGACACCAUAACCGCUACACUGAGCUGUAGUGGUUAUUGUGUCUGGAUUAUUUCUUUAAAUAAUCUACAAGUGCCCCUCCCGAGAUCAGGCUCUGGAUCCGCCACUGGGCUGGAGGAGUGGGCAUGGUUAAAACUAUUCCAGAACAUUUAGAGGUGUGACUGGAAGGGUUGGAGGGUUGGGCUAUUCCAGGACUUUUACAGGUUUGGCUGGAGCAGUGGGCAGGGGUGGAGCUAUUUCAGGAUAUUUUUUUGUGACUUCAGGAACCGAUAACCAUUUAUAAAACUGAAAAAGUAAUUUAGAAUAUGAACAAUGUAUCUUAUUUCAACAGACUGAUUUCUAAACACAUUUAUUGUAGUUUAAAGAUUAAUUACUGGGAGUAUUAUUGCUGUGGAGUUCUGUUAUACACUCAGAAACAUUACUGGGAGUAUUAUUGCUGUGGAGCUCUGUUAUACACUCAGACACAUUACUGUGGAGCUCUGUGAUACACUCAGACACAUUACUGGGAGUAUUAUUGCUGUGGAGCUCUGUUAUACACUCAGACACAUUACUGGGAGUAUUAUUACUGUGGAGCUCUGUUAUACACUCAGACACAUUACUGGGAGUAUUAUUACUGUGGAGCUCUGUUAUACACUCAGACACAUUACUGGGAGUAUUAUUACUGUGGAGCACUGUUAUACACUCAGAGACAUUACUGUGGAGCUCUGUGAUACACUCAGACACAUUACUGGGAGUAUUAUUACUGUGGAGUUCUGUUAUACACUCAGACACAUUACUGGGAGUAUUAUUGCUGUGGAGCUCUGUUAUACACUCAGACACAUUACUGGGAGUAUUAUUGCUGUGGAGCUCUGUUAUACACUCAGACACAUUACUGGGAGUAUUAUUGCUGUGGAUCUCUGUUAUACACUCAGACACAUUACUGGGAGUAUUAUUGCUGUGGAGCUCUGUUAUACACUCAGACACAUUACUGGGAGUAUUAUUGCUGUGGAGCUCUGUUAUACACUCAGACACAUUACUGGGAGUAUUAUUGCUGUGGAGCUCUGUUAUACACUCAGACACAUUACUGGGAGUAUUAUUGCUGUGGAGCUCUGUUAUACACUCAGACACAUUACUGGGAGUAUUAUUGCUGUGGAGCUCUGUAUACACUCAGACACAUUACUGGGAGUAUUAUUGCUGUGGAGCUCUGUUAUACACUCAGACACAUUACUGGGAGUAUUAUUGCUGUGGAGCUCUGUUAUACACUCAGACACAUUACUGGGAGUAUUAUUGCUGUGGAGCUCUGUUAUACACUCAGACACAUUACUGGGAGUAUUAUUGCUGUGGAGCUCUGUUAUACACACAGACACAUUACUGGGAGUAUUAUCGCUGUGGAGCUCUGUUAUACACUCAGACACAUUACUGGGAGUAUUAUCGCUGUGGAGCUCUGUUAUACACUCAGACACAUUACUGGGAGUAUUUUUUGCUGUGGAGCUCUGUUAUACACUCAGACACACCAACAAUAUGGAGCUCCUAGAAUAGAGGGACAUUAAGAUAGAAAAGAGGGAUUGGGGCCCAAAAUAGUGAUUGUCCCUUUUAAAUAGGGACACUUAUGGAGCUCCUAGAAUAGAGGGACAUUAAGAUAGAAAAGAGGGAUUGGGGCCCAAAAUAGUGAUUGUCCCUUUUAAAUAGGGACACUUGGGAGUUAUUAAGCAUUGCUUAUGAUAACUUGUAGUUUUUCUGCUUUAUCUAUUAAUACAACCAUUGUCUGAUGAGAUGUUUUCCCCUCUGUUUGAAAUGCUUCGACUCUCGUUCUAACUAAAUUAUGUGAAAUAAAACAAUCUCUGCGUUUUUUCUUUUUAAUAUAAAAUGACCGUAACUCUGUGCUGAUUUGUUGCAGGACUGAGCAGAUUUCCUAUUUAGAUAAUUUGACAGCAGAUUGUAACGCGCACUGUGACUGUCCUACGGAUAUUUGGGACCCUGUGUGUGGUGACAACGGUUUGUCCUAUAUAUCAGCUUGCCUCGCAGGAUGUGACUCUGCCACGGGAAGUGGACAGAAUACAGUAAGUGGAUGGUGCAGAACAAGUAACAAUAUGUCUGCCUGCUAGUGCAUGUGCGGCUGGUCGAUACAUUAAUCUGUACAAAGAGAAAUGUCAGUUAACAAGGAGGGAGAUCUGCUACAUUCCCCAAACAUUCUCCUCUUCUGAAUCUAGUGAGGAUAUUCACUACACCGAGAUUGCUGGGAACUGGCCAGGGAUUGGUGGAACAUGUCUGGGCAUUAAUGGCUAACAUUCACACAAAUAGAACUCUGGUAUUUUGUAUUUGAAAUUCUAGUGACUGUCCAACCAUUUUAUUAAUAUUAAUUAUUAGAUUUUAUUAUUAUUAUUGGAUUUCACUUCUCUGAAACUCACACCAUUGAAUAAAACAUUGAAAAUUACCUAGCACUACAAUCUGUUUACAUUUUGUUUCAUGAGAUGCUCUGUUUACUUUUAAGCUUAUAUUAAAGUUUUAGCAGAUUACAUCGUAAGCCAGUUCAGACAAGGCACAGCCAGGGCACACAAUGCAAAUGACCAGGAGAAAAAGAAACAUUGUUUCAUCUCCCCUCCUCUCUGUAUACUGACUGUCAGGUGUAAAGGGCGGAGCUUAUAAACAUUGAUUGACAGGGAGCUAAGAUGGAGGUGGCUCUCUCUAUACUGACUGCCAGGGGUAAAGGGCGGAGCUUAUAACAAUGAUUGACAGGGAGCUAAGAUGGAGCUGGCUCUCUCUAUACUGACUGCCAGGUGUAAUGGGCGGAGCUUAUAACAAUGAUUGACAGGGAGCUAAGAUGGAGGCGGCUCUCUCUAUAAUGACUGCCAGGUGUAAAGGGCGGAGCUUAUAACAAUGAUUGACCGGGAGCUAAGAUGGAGGCGGCUCUCUCUAUACUGACUGCCAGGUGUAAAGGGCGAAGCUUAUAACAAUGAUUGACCGGGAGCUAAGAUGGAGGUGGCUCUAUACUGACUGCCAGGUGUAAAGGGCGGAGCUUAUAACAAUGAUUGACAGGGAGCUAAGAUGGAGGCGGCUCUCUCUAUACUGACUGCCAGGUGUAAUGGGCGGAGCUUAUAACAAUGAUUGACAGGGAGCUAAGAUGGAGGUGGCUCUCUCUAUACUGACUGCCAGGUGUAAAGGGCGGAGCUUAUAACAAUGAUUGACAGGGAGCUAAGAUGGAGGUGGCUCUCUCUAUACUGACUGCCAGGUGUAAAGGGCGGAGCUUAUAACAAUGAUUGACAGGGAGCUAAGAUGGAGGCGGCUCUCUCUAUACUGACUGCCAGGUGUAAAGGGCGGAGCUUAUAACAAUGAUUGACAGGGAGCUAAGAUGGAGGUGGCUCUCUCUAUACUGACUGCCAGGUGUAAAGGGCGGAGCUUAUAACAAUGAUUGACAGGGAGCUAAGAUGGAGGUGGCUCUCUCUAUACUGACUGCCAGGUGUAAAGGGCGGAGCUUAUAACAAUGAUUGACAGGGAGCUAAGAUGGAGGCUCUCUCUAUACUGACUGCCAGGUGUAAAGGGCGGAGCUUAUAACAAUGAUUGACAGGGAGCUAAGAUGGAGGCGGCUCUCUCUAUACUGACUGCCAGGUGUAAAGGGCGGAGCUUAUAACAAUGAUUGACAGGGAGCUAAGAUGGAGGCGGCUCUCUCUAUACUGACUGCCAGGUGUAAAGGGCGGAGCUUAUAACAAUGAUUGACAGGGAGCUAAGAUGGAGGCGGCUCUCUCUAUACUGACUGCCAGGUGUAAAGGGCGGAGCUUAUAACAAUGAUUGACAGGGAGCUAAGAUGGAGGUGGCUCUCUCUAUACUGACUGCCAGGUGUAAAGGGCGGAGCUUAUAACAAUGAUUGACAGGGAGCUAAGAUGGAGGUGGCUCUCUCUAUACUGACUGCCAGGUGUAAAGGGCGGAGCUUAUAACAAUGAUUGACAGGGAGCUAAGAUGGAGGCGGCUCUCUCUAUACUGACUGCCAGGUGUAAAGGGCGGAGCUUAUAACAAUGAUUGACAGGGAGCUAAGAUGGAGGCGGCUCUCUCUAUACUGACUGCCAGGUGUAAAGGGCGGAGCUUAUAACAAUGAUUGACAGGGAGCUAAGAUGGAGGCGGCUCUCUAUACUGACUGCCAGGUGUAAAGGGCGGAGCUUAUAACAAUGAUUGACGGGGAGCUAAGAUGGAGGCGGCUCUCUCUAUACUGACUGCCAGGUGUAAAGGGCGAAGCUUAUAAGAUGGAGGCACCCAGUUACAGGAUAAAGACACGUGGAAAUAAUUGUAUUCUCACAUCACACAAAUAUGACUAAAGUGAGAAUUGUUGAAAUUCAACAUGAAUUCAAACUGGCCUUAGCCCCUUCAUCCGAGUAAUUUGGGUGUCCUGGGAAGUAAUGUUUACAUUUUUGUUUCAGUAUAAAUAGAUGGAAACAAAAACAGAAAUCUGUUCAUAAACAGGCUAUACAUAGGACACGAGUUCACACAUUUAGGCUGGAAGAAAGGAGAUUUCAUCUAAGGCAAAGAAAAAGGUUUUUUUUACAGUAAGAGCAAUAAGGAUAUGGAAUUCUCUGCCUGAAGAGGUGGUUUUAUCAGAGUCCAUACAGAUGUUUAAACUGAAAUUGGAUAAAUACUUACAAAAACAUAACAUACAGGGAUAUCAUUUCUAAUUAGUGGGGUAAUAGCUGCUUGAUCCAAGGAGACAUCUGACUGCUAUUCUGGGGUUAAGAAGGAAUUUUUUCCUAGUUUGUGGCAAAAUUGGAAGCGCUUCAGACUGGGUUUUUUGCCUUCUUUUGGAUCAACAGCAAAAACAAAUGUGAGGAAGGCUGAACUUGAUGGACGCAAGUCUCGUUUCAGCUAUGUAACUAUAUGUAACUAUUUAAGAUAUGUUGGUUGAACAGAAAACUUGAAAAACAAAAACAUUUAACAAAUAAUGAAAUAACAGGCUAGGAAACAGUGCUGUAAAUCAAUAUGUCCAGUACACAUACAUAUACAUGCUUACAGUAACACACAGUCAGACACACACACACACUGCCAGUAACACACACAGUCAGUGGUGUAUCCUGGUUUUGUGCUGCCCUAGGCAUGACAAAACUCGGACGCCCCCCCCCUUCCCCUCUACCCCACCUUCUAAAUAAACACACACACAAUCACUGACAGACAUGCAUACACUAGCUAACAGACAUACACAGUCACUAGCAGACACACACAUUCACUAACAGACACGCAUACACUCUCACUAACAGACACACACAUAGAAACACACUCCCUAACACUCACACACACACACACUCAUUAACAGACAUACACACACACACACACUAACAGACACACACACACACACUCACAUUAACACUCAGUUUUUUUUUCUUAAAUUCAAUCCCCCCCCAGCCUUCUUACCUUUGGGAAUGCUGGGGGUGGGGGUGUUCUCCCCUUCCCUGGGGUCCAGUGGGGCUGCUGGGCGGGCAGCGCUGGCGAGGGAGCACUGAUUAGUGACCUCUCACUUGCCGCCCCCUGGAAAGUGCCACCCAAGGCAAAUGCCUUGUUUGCCUCACGGCUAAUCCCUGCACACAGUCAGACACAUACACAUGCUUACAGACACACUUACAUAUACACUACCAGUAACACACACUGUCAGACACAUACACACAUAAACAUGUUGACAGACACACACACUGCCAGUAAAACACACGUCAGACAUAUAAACACAUAUAAAUGCUGACAUGCACCCACUCACACACACACACUGCAAGUAACAUACACUGUCAGACACAUACACAUACUGACAGAAACACACUCACAUGUACACUAUUAGAAACACAUACUGUGAGACACAUACACAUGGUGACAGUCACACACAUACACUACUAGUAACACACACUGUCACUCACAUACACAUAUAUAUACUGACAGAAACCCAUUAACACACACACUGCCAGUAACACACACACUGUCAGACAUAUACACAUGUAUGUACGUAGCGGGGAAUUACGAUGCCACAUAACCAUAAAUAACGCCAAUAAAACCCCUCAAUAACAACAGACAACUAAGUAUGGAUGAACAGGCUACAGCAUUUAUCAUCACAAACUAAAUUACUGCAUAACACAUCCAUAACUUGUUUAUUAAUCUCUUCUUUCUGUAACCAAAACGUUAGACAUAAAUAAUCAUAAAUUAACAUAUAUACAUAUAUAACUCCACCCAUAGUGUUAUACAGUGACCCAACCGUCCUUGCCAAUAAACAUACAGUGGUUCCUAAUCACCACUUCCUCUCACCUCCCCCCUCGUCAUAAAAUCAUAUCUUUCCAAUGCCCGCCAUCAGCCGACCUUAUCCACGCUCGAUGGGCACGACACCUCAGGCAACCUAAUGUUAAACGUUUGAAGCAGGGGAGGUUGAGACCUGCAAAACAUAAAAACUUACUCCAUCCUUAACCCCUUAAGGACGGAGCCAAAUGUACACAUUGUGAACAAAACAAAAUGUAAACAAAACCUGGCAUUUGCGCUACAUGUCUGUCCAACCGUAAUACACCUCUUUCAUAGUAAAUGCACCCACCCUUAUUAUAUAUCAUUUUAUUCAGGGGAAACAGGGCUUUCAUUUAAUAUCAAAUAUUUAGCUAUGAAACAUAAUUUAAUAUGAAAAAAAUGGGAGAAAAUACGAUUUUUUUGAUUUUUUUAGUUCUAAAUUGCAUUUUAAAGGUCAGUGUCAUAAUACUGUUUGAUUUUACUGCAAUAAAAUACACAUAUUUGUAUUUAGUAAAGUCUCACGUGUAAGACAGUACCCCUAUGUACAGGUUUUAUGGCGUUUUGGGAAGUUACAGGGUCAAAUAUAGCACGUUACAUUUGAAAUUGAAAUUCGCCAGAUUGGUUACGUUGCCUUUGAGACUGUAUAGUAGCCCAGGAAUGAAAUUUACACCCAUAAUGGCAUACCAUUUGCAAUAGUAGACAACCCAAGGUAUUGCAAAUGGGUAUGUCCAGUCUUUUUUAGUAGCCAUUUGGUCACAAACACUGGCCAAAGUUAGCGUUAGUAUUUGUUUGUGUGUGAAAAAUGCAAAAAACGCCAAUUUUGGCCAGUGUUUGUGACUAAGUGGCUACUAAAAAGACUGGACAUACCCCAUUUGCAAUACCUUGGGUUGUCUACUAUUGCAAAUGGUAUGCCAUCAUAGGGGUAAUUUUCAUUCUUGGGCUACUAUAGGGUCUCAAAGGCAACGUAACCAAUCUGGCGAAUUUUAAUGUGAAAAAAAUGAAAACACAAGCCUUAUAUUUGACGCUGUAACUUUUGAAAACACCAUAAAACCUGUACAUGAGGGGUACUGUUGUACUCGGGAGACUUCGCUGAACACAAAUAUUUGUGUUUCAAAACAGUAAAGUAUCACAGCAAUAAUAUUGUCCGUGUAAUGCUGUUUGUGCGUGAAAAAUGCAAAAAACUUCACUUUUACUGGCGAUAUCAUCGUUGUAAUACAUUUUACCGUUUUGAAACACUAAUAUUUGUGUUCAGCGAAGUCUCCCGAGUAGAACAGUACCCCCAUGUACAGGUUUUAUGGUGUCUUGGAAAGUUAUAGGGUUAAAUAUAGUGCUAGCAAAUUAAAUUCCCUUUACUUUCGGCAUGGGUUGUCAGGCAGGUCCCGCUAAUUGUAAUUAAUUAAGAUACCUAAUUAUGUAAAAAAUAUUACAUAAAUAUAUAUGUAGAAUUAAUAUAUGUAUAUAUAUACGUAUGUGUAUAUAUAUGUAUAUAUCUAUAUAAUUUUUUUAAAAUAUUUUUAUUUAUAUAUAGGUAUAUAUAUAUAGUGAUAUAUACGUAUAUAUUUAUGUAUAUAGAUAUAUUAUUUCGUUCUACGUGUAUUUUGAUAUAUAUAUAUAUAUAUAUAUAUAUAUAAAUUUCACAAAACAGUUAGAACGAAAUAACACACAUCUAUAUAUUUUUUAAUUAUUUAUUUUUAAUUAUUUUUUUAAUUUUAUUUUUUAACGUAUUUACAUUUUUAUAUUAUAUAUAAAUAUAUAUAACAAUAAUUAUAUAUAUAUUUAAUCAGUAUCAGUCUACGUGUAAUUUGAUAUUAAUAUAUAUAUAUAAUUAUAUAUAUAUUAAUAGUAAAAUACACCUAGACGGCGUAUGUGUGUGUAUGUAUAUGUGUAUAUAUAUACUUAGAUCAUAUAUAUAUAAUAUAUACAUAUGAUCUAAGUAUAUAUAAUUAUUUUUUUUUUACACCAUUAACUUAUUUUUAUUUUAUUUUCAGCCAGCAGGGGGACCACCUGUAAUUACAGGCAGCCCCCCUGCCGGCAAUACAGAAGCCAGCUAUACCCGGCCAUGUGAUUGUGGGGUCCUCGCUAGAACCCCACUCUCACAUGGCCGGGGGGCUUCAACGAGGACGGAUGUGCCGCGGGGGGCUCCCUGGGAGUCCCCCCCACCGCGAUCGCCGGCGUGGGACCGCCGGCGACCGGGUAAGUUAACAAAAACCGGAGGGCGUACAAUUACGCCCGGCGGCGUUUAGAGCCGCCUAUUAGAGGGCGUAAUUGUACGUCCUGCGGUUUUAAGGGGUUAAACAUAACCCCUCAAACUCAAUUGGCAAGGACAUACCCCCGGCUAGCUGUGACUAAAUAUACCAAUAGGGUGGGCGGGAGGGAAGCUGUUUGCUGGCCCGAAUCCCAAGUGGCACUGAGGUAAGACCUCCCCCACACUAACUUACACAGAACAUAAUCCCACCCACACACACUCUUUCCCAUCCAAUCCCACGCAUCUAUCCCCACACUCCUACAUGUGCCCUUGUCCGCUUAGCUGCGCUAUCUCCCCAGGGCCUUAUACAUGCUGAUAGACAUACACACACACUGCCAGUAACACACACACUGUCAGACAUAUACACAUAUACAUGCUGAUAGACAUACACACACACUGCCAGUAACACACACACUGUCAGACAUAUACACAUAUACAUGCUGAUAGACAUACACACACACACUGCCAGUAACACACACACUGUCAGACAUAUACACAUAUACAUGCUGAUAGACAUACACACACACUGCCAGUAACACACACACUGUCAGACAUAUACACAUAUACAUGCUGAUAGACAUACACACACACUGCCAGUAACACACACACUGUCAGACAUAUACACAUAUACAUGCUGAUAGACAUACACACACACACUGCCAGUAACACACACACUGUCAGACAUAUACACAUAUACAUGCUGAUAGACAUACACACACACUGCCAGUAACACACACACACUGUCAGACAUAUACACAUAUACAUGCUGAUAGGCAUACACACACACUGCCAGUAACACACACACACUGUCAGACAUAUACACAUAUACAUGCUGAUAGACAUACACAUAGACUGCAGUAAAGCACAGUGUUAGACACAUUAUUAUUAUUUUAUUAUUUAUAUAGCGCCAUCAGAUUCUGUAGCGCUGUACAAUGGGUACACACAUAUACAUGCUGACAGACACACACAUUGUCACACACUAUUAAAUCUAGGCUUAUUUUAGAAAACCUUUUUGUAAUCUUGCUCCUGAGAAAUCAUUCACCAUUAACGGGUCAAAUAAUCCGUGACUUGGUUAUAAUGACAAUUUACUUAUAUAAAGCACAUGACACUUUGUUAAUAAGCACCAAAUUGCUGUAACUAUAGCUGAGAAUUUUUCCAAACCUGCACUUUUUGCCUAAAUUCUGAAAUUCACUCAAUGUAAUUGUUUAAUGAAUAAAUCUAUUUGUUCAGCUUCAUAUGAAUCAUCCAUCAUGAAAUGUGAAUUGAUUACAUUAAAAUGCGUGGAUUUUAGGACACGGUGCAUCAUAUAAUGCAGCAGACUUUCCGAUUGCUGGCUGAUAUUUUGAAAUAAUUAAAUUGUUUUUUUGUGAGUUUUUGUUUAGUUUAUUUUUAAUCACUUUUCAAUUAUUCACUAAAAAGCAAACUGAAUUAAGCUCCAAACUGCUAAAUUUAGUCUUACAUUUUGUGACACAAGUUAUUUUUUUCUGCAGGUUUUUCAGAAUUGCAGCUGUGUUUCAGGAUCUGUAUUUGCAUCAAAUGCCACCGCGGUGCCAGGCCAGUGUCCAAGGGAGGAGCGCUGUGACACCAUGUUACUUUAUUUCCUGAUCAUGUCUCUAGUCUGCUGUUUGAUUUACUCGUUUGGGGCCAUGCCGGGAUACAUGGUGCUGAUCAGGUAACGUUCCUUAGUAUAAAACUUUAUGCCAAAUAGGGAAAUACAUAUAUAGCCGUGUGCGAUCAUAUGUAAUAAUUAUAUAUAAUAACAUAAACUAUCUAUACAUAUCCACACACAGAAAUCAAGGUAACCAUUGUCAGCCUGCAUACAAAAUACAGCUUUCAUCUAAUUAAGCAAAUGGUGGAUUAAUUAUCCAGGGACUGUAAAAUUUUGAAAAUAGGUAUAUUUUGUUUUUUGCCUAAAUUUGAUCAGAAUAAAGUUAGCACAGAAUUACUAAUGACGCGGGUGAAUUGGCGAGAUACUUCCUACUGAUGUACGUAGCGCUUUUGUUAUCUUGCAGGAGCCUGACGCGGGAAGAGAAGGCAUUUGGUCUGGGUCUCCACUUACUGGCCACGCGAGCUCUAGGUAGGAAUAUAUAGCGCUGCUUAAUGAUGCACACUAUACAUGUGAGGAGAUUAGAUCACAUUAUCAUUACAUGGUAAAUAUAUUCCACACAGCAAUACAUUACAUUUGUUCUAUUCCAACAUGGGAUAAAUAGAAGGAAAAGCAUGUUAUCUGUAAAUUACACAAGCGAAUAAACAUUGGAAAAUCCCCUAACAGUUGUUAAACCCUUUUAUCCCUGGGAUACUCUGGUUAUGUUUGAAUUUAUAUCACAGUUUUAGCAAAUUACUUUAAAAACCAGUUCAGACAAGGCACACAAUCCAAAUGAAGAGGAUAAAUAGUAACAUUGUUUCAUGACUCCUCCUUCUCUCUGAAUGUUCUCUCUAUACUGACUGCCAGGUGUAAAGGGCGGAGCUUAUAACAAUGACUGACAGGGAGCUAAGAUGGAGGCGGCUCUCUCCAUACUGACUGCCAGGUGUAAAGGGCGGAGCUUAUAACAAUGAUUGACAGGGAGCUAAGAUGGAGGUGGCUCUCUCUAUACUGACUGCCAGGUGUAAAGGGCGGAGCUUAUAACAAUGAUUGACAGGGAGCUAAGAUGGAGGCGGCUCUCUCUAUACUGACUGCCAGGUGUAAAGGGCGGAGCUUAUAACAAUGAUUGACAGGGAGCUAAGAUGGAGGCGGCUCUCUCUAUACUGACUGCCAGGUGUAAAGGGCGGAGCUUAUAACAAUGAUUGACAGGGAGCUAAGAUGGAGGCGGCUCUCUCUAUACUGACUGCCAGGUGUAAAGGGCGGAGCUUAUAACAAUGAUUGACAGGGAGCUAAGAUGGAGGUGGCUCUCUAUACUGACUGCCAGGUGUAAAGGGCGGAGCUUAUAACAAUGAUUGACAGGGAGCUAAGAUGGAGGUGGCUCUCUCUAUACUGACUGCCAGGUGUAAAGGGCGGAGCUUAUAACAAUGAUUGACAGGGAGCUAAGAUGGAGGCGGCUCUCUCUAUACUGACUGCCAGGUGUAAAGGGCGGAGUUUAUAACAAUGAUUGACAGGGAGCUAAGAUGGAGGCGGCUCUCUAUACUGACUGCCAGGCGUAAAGGGCGAGCUUAUAACAAUGAUUGACCGGGAGCUAAGAUGGAGGCACUCUAUACUGACUGCCAGGUGUAAAGGGCGGAGCUUAUAACAAUGAUUGACAGGGAGCUAAGAUGGAGGCGGCUCUCUAUACUGACUGCCAGGUGUAAAGGGCGGAGCUUAUAACAAUGAUUGACAGGGAGCUAAGAUGGAGGCUGGCUCUCUCUAUACUGACUGCCAGGUGUAAAGGGCGAGCUUAUAACAAUGAUUGACAGGGAGCUAAGAUGGAGGCUCUCUCUAUACUGACUGCCAGGUGUAAAGGGCGGAGCUUAUAACAAUGAUUGACAGGGAGCUAAGAUGGAGGCGGCUCUCUCUAUACCGACUGCCAGGUGUAAAGGGCGGAGCUUAUAACAAUGAUUGACAGGGAGCUAAGAUGGAGGCGGCUCUCUCUAUACUGACUGCCAGGUGUAAAGGGCGGAGCUCAUAACAAUGACUGACAGGUUGCUAAGAUGGAGGCGUCUAGUUACAGGAUAAAGAUGUGUGGAUUUCUACAUUUAAUUGUAUCAUUUAGAUCUCAUAAAUACAUAUUUAUUAAAUAUAGGGAUAAGGAAAACUAAUGUAUAAUGCGGCAGUUGGAAUACAUUGGAGAUUGAGGGGGAUUGCACUCAGUGUUACAUUCAUACAGGGACAGUUACUGUGUCAGUAUUGUUUAUUCAUAUUAAAGGGGCACACUGGCAAAUAGAACAUGGUCAUGCUGCCAAAUGUCCCUGGCACUAUCUAACAAUACGCUGUCAAACCAUUUCGACUUGGCUCUGUCACACCCCGCAGUGCUUCCAGUGUGAGCUAAUACUGCUUUGGUAUUAACAGUAUCAAUCUGGUGUAAGUUCAGACAUUGUUCAUCGGCUGAGAGAGUAACAACAUACCCUACCAUAUUACAGAACAUAAGACACAACAAAACACAAGGCACGACACAAGACACGACAAAACACAAAGGCCGACAAAACACAAGACACGACAAGACACGACAUGACACAAGACACGACACAAGGGCCGACAAAACACAAGACACGACAAGACAAGACACAAGACACGACAUAGGACAUGACACAAGACAAGACAUGACAAGACACAAGACACAACAUAAGACACGACAUAAGACAUGACACAAGACACGACAUGACACAAGACACAACAUGACACAAGACACGACACAAGACACGACACGACACAACAAAACGUAACAUCACAAAACACAACAUAACCUACCAUAUCACAGAACACAAAACAAAAUUACAUGAAAUAACACAAUAAAAUGCAGCACAAACCUAUCCCCCAAAACCUAGCUGUCAGCAUUACCACAUUUAAUCUGAGUAAAAUAAUGUAAAGUGUGCUGCGAUACAUCUCCAUAGCAGUACUGAUAUCAGAAUUAGGACAAUGUUACUUAGUUACACAGGAUAUAAAGAGACCGCAGUUCGUCAAGUUCAGCCUUUUUCUGUUUUUGCUGGUCAUCCAAAAGAAGAUGACGCAAACCAGCUGUGAGCAAGGCUGCACUUGAUGACCGCCAGUCUUUGUUCAGCCUGUGGGAAAUUCUCUAAACUGGGAUUCCGUUACUGCAGGUUUGAGAUGUAUCGCAGCACAUUUUACAUGAUUUCCCUCUGAAUGACCUACAUAUAACGUCUGUUUCUGUAGAUUUAUAACUGUAUUUCCAGGUGGAAUCCCUUCCCCUAUUUACUAUGGGGCAUUAAUUGACACAACCUGCCUAAAAUGGGGUACAACGAGCUGUGGGGAGCCAGGAGCUUGCCGGAUGUAUGAUGCAGACACUUACAGGUGAGCCUCGUUGUCUGUCAUUCAGCACUACGUUACCCCUGUAUCUGGCCAAAAAUUACCACGGGUUACUCACUAAACACAGACGGGGUUACCCACUAAACACUGACAGAGUUACCCAAUAAACACAGACAGGGUUACUCACUAAACACUGACAGGGUUACCCACUAAUAACUGACAGGGUUACAGACAGGGUUACCCACUAAACACAGACAGGGUUACUCACUAAACACUGACAGGGUUACCCACUAAUAACUGACAGGGUUACAGACAGGGUUACCCACUAAACACAGACAGGGUUACUCACUAAACACUGACAGGGUUACCCACUAAUAACUGACAGGGUUACAGACAGGGUUACCCACUAAACACAGACAGGGUUACUUACUAAACACUGACAGGGUUACCGACUAAACAAUAGGAAUGUGCUUGGGCAAAAAAUUUGGUUCAGUUCAGCACUUCCGAAAUUUGGGACUUUGGCAAUUCAGCACUUUGGUUCGGUUCAGCACUUGUGAAAUUCGGGAAUUCGGCACUUUGGCAAUUCCCUAACCCUACCCGUAACCUAACCCCAACACUAACCCUACCCCUAAUCCUAACCCUACCCCUAACCCCAACCCUACCCCUAACAUAACCAUAGAGUUACAUAUCCACUUGCAGGGGCGGACUGAGAACCCUCAGGGCCCCCGGGCAAAAUAAAUCAAGGGCCCCCUUACAGGCCCCACCCAUACUCUGCAGCAAGCGCCACCCUUGUCCCUCCUCCAUGCACCGCCUCCAGCCACACCCUAC